CUUCGAUCCCGAGGUUUCAACAUGUCAGGCUUCGUUGGUAAAAUGGCUAGUGCUGGCACCCGUGCAGUGACAGUAAGCGGACCAAAAUUGGCACUCAAAAUUCUACAGCAGAUAUCAGUGAAACUUGGCUGGUUGAUGAACAAGUCUCUGCUGAGUAUGCACAUAAUUUUUUUUCCAGAUCUGAAAAUCCCAAAUGUUGCCAAUUGGUCUAAACCUCGACUCAGCAAAUUUUGGUACUAUGCAAAGGUGGAACUAAUUCCUCCUACUCCAGCAGAAUUUCCCAAAAUAUCCAAAGGAAUUUCAGAUAUAGUGGCAUCGGCCAAAACAGGAAAAUGGAAACAGCUAACAGUUAGGGAAGCAUGGUUGAACACGCUUGUUGCAGUUGAAGUCUGUUUUUGGUUUUUUAUUGGUGAACAAAUAGGAAGACGUAGUCUGAUUGGUUAUAAUAUUGAUUUAGCUGUGGAACCACCAAAGCAUAACAUUAUUUAAAUAUUUCCCUUGCUAUUAUCUGAAAACUGAUUGUGUUCUGUUGUGUAUAGCAUCCAUUGUUUGCCUUUCAAUUUUUUCUGACAUGUUUAUGAGUUUAAGUGUUAGAAUAAAAUAAUAUUCAAUUUGAAAUAUAU